CAGUUGGAUAUAAUUAAACAAGGGAAAGAGAGGCUUAAUACCGCAAGCAGCUAGAUUAUUCCACCAUGUAAGGUGUCAGAUGGAACAGUGCUCAGGACAAGCAAUAGGUGACAGAGAAACUCUAUUUUAGGAUAGUAACCAGAGGAACAUUGCACAUCAUAAAAGUUUUACGUCACCACAGACUGGCCAUCAAUUACCAGGCAAUAUGGAACUGCAGGAUCGAAUAUCAGAGGAUAGGAGAAACUAAGACAAAUAACAAUGGCGGCCUCAGAUUAAUAAUAGAUCACCAUAAUGAAUCUGUGUAAAUAAUCUAUAAAUCUAAACAAUAAGGGGGAAUUGAUUAGCAUGUGAAGAACAGAGAUUCGUUAAUUUAGAUAGAAUGCAGAAAGCGGUCCGAAUAAAUGAGACACAACUCUUGUAUCUUGCCGAAAAAGCUCGACAGGAGAAUUCAAUCAAUGGAAACUUGUACAAGAAAAGCGCAGAUACUGGAAAAUGGCAACAAAGAUGGUUUGCGUUAUAUCAAAAUCUUUUGUUUUACUAUGACAGCAACACGUCAUCUCGACCAUCCGGGGUUGCGUUGCUAGAGGGUUGCUAUUGCGAACGAUUGGUGGCACCAUCUAAGGGCAAGGAGAAUGAAAAACAGUACAUAUUCUGCAUAUAUUAUCGUAAAGAGGGCCAGCGUCAAUAUGAAUUGAGAACAGAUACUGAAUCUGAGUGCAAUGCCUGGGUCGAUGGCAUAAAACAGGCAAGUUUCAGUAUUGUCUUAGAACAAAAAGAGCAAUUGGAGCAGAAACAUCUACAUCUUUUACAAAUCUUGGAGAGUGAGAGGCAGGGAAAAUGGCACUAUGUACAACAAACUGAGGAACUCACCACUGAAGUUAAGAAACUAAAAAACGAGUGUGCACUGACUCUAUUCCAGUUGAAAAACUGUAAAAAUGAGCACCGCCCAUCCAAUCACAAAGUCGAUGAUGACACGGAUGAAAGUGAUGAAAUUAAGAAAAUCAAAAAGGUACAGAGUUUCUUUCGAGGUUGGCUAUGUAGACGUCGUUGGAAACAAAUUGUAGAUGAAUACAUCAGGUCUGAACAUGCAGAGAGUAUGCGUAAGCGGAAUAGUAUUGUGUUCGGUAUGGUGGAGUGUGAAGAAGAAUAUGUUCAGCAACUUUCUACACUUGUCUCAUGUUUUCUACGUCCUCUCAAGAUGGCCGCCAGCUCUAAGAAGCCACCGAUUACCCAUGAAGAUGUCAAUUCUAUAUUCUUAAAUAGUGAGACAGUAUUAUUUUUGCAUCAGAUAUUCUAUAAAGGCCUCAUGGCUCGUAUGGAAAACUGGCCAACCCUAGUUCUCGGGGAUCUAUUUGACAUGUUGCUCCCUAUGCUGGGCAUAUAUCAGGAGUAUGUACGCAAUCAUCAUUACAGUUUGCAAGUUCUGGCUGAGUAUAAACAAAAGCUGGAGUUCAAUUCCUUGCUCAAACGAUACGAAGAGAAACCAAGCUGUGAAGGGAGAUCCUUAGAAACCUUUCUUACAUAUCCUAUGCACCAGAUACCUCGCUAUAUAAUCACCCUACAUGAGCUUUUGGCUCACACUCCGCAUGACCAUGUUGAAAGAAAAAGUCUUGAGUUUGCCAAGAGUAAACUGGAAGAAUUGUCACAUAUCAUGCAGGAGGAAGUGAGUGAAACGGAAAAUAUUCGUAAAAACCUUGCUAUUGAGAGGAUGAUUAUCGAAGGCUGUGAUAUUCUUCUAGAUGUAAACCAGACCUUUGUUAGACAAGGAUCCCUUCUACAGGUGCUCAUAGAGAAACCAAAAUCUGGGAGAGGUCGGCUCAGUCCCUUCAGUCAGACUUUUAAAGAAUCGAAAAAAGAAAUUGUGCGUCAAGUUUUCUUAUUUACAAACCAUUUGUUAAUCACCAUGAGAGCAAAUAAUGGGAGACUACAUCUUGCCAAGCAUCAUGGGAAGAUCCCUCUGACAGACUGCACAUUAGUAGAGGAUUCAAAUUCUGACAUUUUCUUCUUUGAGGAUGAAAUCCCAUGUGCAACAGUUGAAUCAGCGGGCACCAGUCAGGCUGCCCCCUCUAGUCAACCACUCCUCACAGCCGAGGCCUGUGAACAGAGACAGCAACCCAAACUCAAUUACCAGGGCUUGGACUUUAGAAUCAUGGUAGAUUCUAAGAGCGGGCCUCCCACCACUAUUAUUCUGGUCGCCUCAACAUUACAGGAGAAAGCUGCUUGGUGCAGUGACGUCAGUCAGUGUAUUGAAAGUUUACACUAUAGUGAUUUGCUCAACAGCUCAAUGAGUGACACAUCAUCUGUAACCAUGCCACAAUCAGUCAGGUAUAUCGCAAGUACAGAAAUAUGGUCUGAUCCGAAGUUAUUCAAGGAUGAUGUGGACAUUAAAUUUAGCCGAACUCUAAACUCGUGCAAAGUUCCGCAGAUACGACAUGCCUCUGUUGAGAAGCUUUUGGAGAGAUUGACGGAUCUACGAUUCAUGAGCAUCGACUUCAUCAAUACAUUCCUACUCACAUAUCGUGUCUUUACGACAGGACACAAAGUUCUAGAUGCUUUGAGGAAAGUCUACCAGAACCCCGAGUUUGGAAACUUGGAGAAUAGCCUCGCUUUGAACUCAAUGACAUCAUUUGAAGGCAUAUCAAAUGCUGAGAGCCCCACAGAGAGCCAUCAAGAGUUUGAAAUGAGCCCUCCUGAUAAACAUCAACAUUUCCUCAUAAAACCCACACCAGAACGUGUCCGUAGAGUCUCCACCAAUGGCACGAUGAGGAUAGAGGUCACAACAACCAAAGACCCUCUACCCCCAGAAACCAUCAAGCUGCGUGACCCUCGAGAAAGUAUUGACUCUGGGGUGGACAGUAAACGAACUUCGAUUGAUAGUCGUUUUGAUUACAGUAAAAGGACUUCAAUGGAUAGCCGUUAUGAUACAUAUAGCAAACGUGCAUCGAUGGACAGUCGAAGUUAUGACUCGCCAUAUAGUAAAAGACCCUCCAUGGAUAGUCGAUAUGACACUCAUAGUAAACGUACCUCAGUGGAUAGUAAAUAUGAAAGUAAGAGGACCUCUAUAGACAGCAAGUGCUAUGAUAUGAAACGGGUUUCUAUUGAUAGUAGAAAAAUAACAGAUGAUUACAUAGAGGAGGUCCCUUCUGACAGACCUGUGACCCCCACCAGUCAGGAAGUAGCGGGCCUGCUCCAGCCACCAAAGUCUCAUCUAGCCCCUAUCGCUCCUGCAGAAAGUAUCGCAGACACUCCCUCAGAAUCUGAGUCCCCCCAGGAACCAUCCCCACCCCCAGAACGACCGAGUGUCACAUGUAUCACAUUUACAACUGUACCUGGCGAAUCAAGCUCAGAUAAUCUGUUAAGUCCACCAGUUCAUACAACCACCGCAUCAUCUUCCAUGGAGACUCUAGUUGACUCCCAGGGUGCCCCUAGCCCUCAACAGAUUAGUGCAGCACCAAGCUCAGACACCCUCUGUCCUGGGUCAGCAACUAACAGCCCGGGGAUUUCACCAUACGGAUCACCGAAAAAAUCACCAAGUAAACUGAUGCAGAAAGUUAAAAAGUUUGAUGUGCCACCGUUGAAGAUCCCAAGUGUCAGCUGCAUGGAUGCACUGGCAUUGUCUCCAACUUCAAGUCCAACAUUUGCACGUCGUGGAACUUCACCGAGUAGUGCACCUGGAUUUGACAGAAAGGCAACAUCUCCAAUCUUGAGGAAACCUGUAAGCAAAAGAGCAUCUUCACCUAACUUACAAAGAGGGUCUCUGCCAUUACGGCGUCGUGCUCCCUCCCCCGUGUUUCCCAGUAGCAAGAAAUCUCCUGUGUCAAGCCCCAAGCUUCAGCGAGCCCCUUCCCCCAUUAUAUACAGCUACUCUACACCCAACUUGGGCACAAAGUUCAAAACUUCUGCCUCAGGGAAGAGACCCAGCACAAUGAGUGCUGAUGCCGACUAUUCAGGUGCUUUCUCCUCCCCCAGGAAUAGUGUAGCAGCAAAUCCUGAGGGGUCACCUCCACAGGCUAAAGCUGGUGCUGUAGUGACAUCCUCUCGUGCUUCAAAACGCAGAUCUAGCUCUGCGGCUGCAGCGUCAGCUUUUGCCGCAGCAACAGCUGGUUGCGCUAAGUCUAAACCAGGUGUGGUGCCACCUAGGGGGAUUAAUCGGUACCAUAGUGGAGGACCAGCAGAUUUAAAGCCAUACCUUUAUGCCAAGAAGAGAGAGUCUGUAAUAAGCACUGCAGCCACCAUGAGAGUAUUGAAUGUAGUCAGGCACUGGGUGACAAAGCAUGGACAGGACUUUGAGAAUGACCCUGCCUUGAAAGAUGAUGUGAAAGACCUGAUGGAAGAAAUGGUGUUUAAUGCCAACCUCCUUCCCGCAGAACACAAGGCUGCAGCCUCCAUACUGCGUCAACUUACUAGAGAGGACCCCAACAGCAGCAAAGUGGACCUCGACCUAUUGCUGGCUCCACCCCUGAAACCUUCAAAGGAUGAUUUUGACUCACUAUCUGCUCUUGAUAUAGCUGAGCAACUGACCUACUUGGACCACAAGAUCUUCAUGGCUAUACAGAGUCAUGAGUUACUUGGCCAAUCAUGGAUGAAGCCUGAGAAAUCUCACAUGGCGCCUCAUGUCCUAUUGGUUAGUAAGAGAUUCAAUGAAGUCAGCCGAUUGGUCGUCUCGGAAAUUAUUGGUCGCCAUGGGAGCAUCACAGAUCGGUUAGCGUGUAUUGAGAAAUGGGCAGCCAUCGCUGAUAUAUGUCGCUGUAUGCACAAUUAUAAUGGUGUGUUACAGAUCUGUGCAGCUUUUGUUAACUGCUCAGUCUAUAGACUGAAAAGGACUUGGGAAAGGCUUCCUAAACAGACAAAGCAGAUGAUUGAAAAGCUGCAGACAUUAGUGUCUUCUGAUGGGAGGUUCAAGAACAUGAGAGAUGCCCUUCAUAGGUGUGAUCCCCCUUGUAUUCCAUAUCUGGGCAUGUACCUGACUGAUUUAUCAUUCAUAGAGGAGGGCACCCCCAACUUCACAGAGGAAUCAGGGUUAGCUAACUUCAGCAAAAUGAGAAUGGUUGCCCAUGUUAUCAGGGAGAUCCAGUUGUUCCAGCAGACUACAUAUAGGAUAGAGCAUCAUCCUAGGGUGACAAAUUACCUACUGGAUCCUUCAAGACUCCUUGAAGAAGAGGAAACAUAUAGAGCAUCAUUGUUGAUCGAACCACGUCAAUCUCGCAUUUCAACUGUCACAACACCAACACCAUGACACACCACAUAUCAGUCAUGACUCACCACAACUCAUAAAUGAAUGAGUGAAAAAUAAAUACUCAUUAUUAGGAAAAAUCUGAUUUGUACAUGUAAAUACUGAUAGUUUGUAUUAAUAUACAUGUAAAUGUAGUUAAAACAAGAAGAAAAUCAUAUGAAUUGAACAAUUUUAAGAGGGUCAUAUUAUUAUGAUGGAAUACAUAUUUAAAUUCUAUCAUUCAUAAUAAACAUUGACAGAUAGAAAGUGACACGGUUCAUCUCAGUUUGAUUGUUCAACAGAAUAAUUCAUAUUCUUGAAGUUAGAGAUGAUGACUGAAAAUAAGUACAUGAUCAAUGAAAAGAGACAAAGAUCAUAGAAUAUAUAAGUAUAUGAUCUAUGAACGACAGGCGUGGGGCAUAUUGUCUACUAUAAAUCAUACAAUAUGAUUAUAUAUUGUACAUCAUUUAUUGUGUUGCAGCUAUAUAGUAGAUUAGAUUUAGAGAAUUCUCAUUGUAAGAUUAAUC